AUGAAGCUUUCACCAGCUGUUUUGGCGGGAACCCUUGCCGCAAGGCAAGAGAUCGACUACAAUGCGGCACCGCCAAACUUGUCAACUCUCGCCAACUUGACUCUCUUCAAUACAUGGCGGCCGAAAGCGCAUGUCCUUCCGCCAACUGGGCAGAUAGGCGAUCCCUGUAUGCAUUAUACCGAUCCCGAAACUGGGCUCUUCCAUGUCGGUUGGUUGCAUAACGGUGCUGCUGGUGCCACGACAGACGAUCUCGUUACGUAUCAUGAUGCCAAUCCAGAAGGACGGCCGUUCAUAGUAGCGGGCGGGAAGAAUGAUCCAAUCGCAGUAUUCGAUGGGUCGGUCAUCCCUAGUGGUAUCGACGGCAAACCUACCCUUCUGUAUACGUCUGUGAGCUUCCUACCUAUUCAAUGGACUAUCCCAUACACACGAGGAAGUGAGACGCAGUCUUUAGCGGUAUCUUAUGACGGAGGUCGUAACUUCACGAAACUUGAACAAGGUCCUGUUAUUCCCUCGCCGCCUUUCGCAGUCAAUGUGACAGGUUUCCGCGACCCUUUCGUCUUCCAGAACAGCCAGCUCGAUACCGAACUCGGAAGUGCGCCCGGAACUUGGUAUAACGUUAUCUCUGGAGGCGUCCAUGGAGAGGGGCCUAGCCUAUUCCUCUACCGACAACACGACCCAGAGUUCCAGUACUGGGAAGAGUUGGGUCAAUGGUGGCAUGAACCCGCUAACACAACCUGGGGCAAUGGUAACUGGGCUGGUCGGUGGGGAUUUAACUUUGAAGUCGCCAAUAUCUUCAGCUUGGAUGAGCAAGGCUACAAUGCUGGGGGCGAAAUCUUCACAACCUUGGGCGCUGAAUGGUCGAUGGACCCGAUCGUGCCACAAGUUUCGGGUUUCCGCGAGAUGCUUUGGGCAGCUGGAAAUGUUUCUCAGGUAGAUGGAAAACCCAAGUUUCAACCAACUAUGGCCGGAAAGUUUGACUGGGGAGCUUCUGCAUAUGCCGCUGCUGGCAAGGAGUUACCGGCAACCUCGAAAGCCUCCCAGAAAAGCGGCGCUCCCGAUCGUUUCAUCUCCUAUCUAUGGUUGACAGGAGAUUUCUACGAUACUCUGGACUUCCCGACUAAUCAGCAGAAUUGGACCGGUGCACUCCUCCUCCCGCGUGAGUUGAGUGUCGGAAAAAUCUGCAAUGUCGUUGACAAUCAACUUGUUCGUGAAACCGGGUCUUGGCGGGUUGGUAGUAGCGAUUCUGGUGUCGUUGAACUAGUGACCUUAAAGCAGGGGAUCGCGCGUGAAGCACUGGCCGCAUUAACCAGCGGUAGCUCUACUAUCGAACCAGGUCGGAGUUUGAACUCACCAGGCGUUAUACCAUUCCAAACCAUUCCCGAAAGCAAAUUUUAUGUGAUCACCGCAUCGCUUUCUUUCCCCAAGGCUUGUCGCGAGAGUGGUUUACGAGCUGGCUUCCAGAUCUUGUCUUCUGAAUACGAGAGCACGACCAUCUACUACCAAUUCUCCAACGAGUCCAUCAUCAUCGACCGCAGCAAUACCAGUGCCGCGGCAAAGACGACGAAUGGUAUCGAUUCUCGUAACGAAGCAGGCCGAUUACGUCUGUUUGACUUGGUGCAAGAUGGCCAUCAGGAGAUCGAAAGACUUGAUUUAACUAUAGUGGUCGAUAAUUCCAUUGUCGAAGUGCACGCUAAUGGGAGAUUCGCUAUAAGUACUUGGGCUCGAUCUUGGUAUGCUGCUUCCCGAGAAAUUAAAUUCUUCCACGACGGUGAAGGUGAAGUAGUAUUCGGAGACGUGACUGUUCACGAAGGGCUAUAUGAUGCCUGGCCCGAUCGAAAGGCCGAGCAGUAA